AUGGCUUCACUCAAUGAGGAUCUUGCGGAGGGUACUCCUCAGGAUGAUGGCGCCAAUGUUCCGCGCAUGGAAAUUUUGGCAGAAGAAAUCGCUGAAACGUUGCCAAUCAACCGGCCCGCUAAGAGAAAGCGUGACAAAAUGGAUACCCAAGACAAUCUCCAGGACCCCUUACAGACCGCCACGGAAGAAAAUAAUGGUAAUAACGCCAAGUUUUCAAGGAACUGGAAGCCACCGCAAGGUAUUAUCACAGACAAGGAUCUUGAAGAUAUCUAUGCAAGCCUUGGUUUAAGUAGUACGAGGAUUAACGAGCUGAGAAAAUACAAGGCGGUACGCGAGAUUGCUUUACGGAAGAACAAGGACACAAUAGACCUUACGGAAAAGCACCAGCUUGGAGCAGCUUAUCUUCAGCUUACGGGUGAACGAGCCCAAAAUCCCUGUAAAGAAUGCCUAGCUGGCAAAGGGCCCUUCGAGCUUUGCGUCUACGGUUCUGGCAGGAGGUGUGGCAACUGCUGGCACCGCCACACCGGCAACGGUCGCUGCUCUUUUCAGAAAACCGGGAAAGAGAAUGGCGUUUCUGAAGCUGUCAGUAAACCUUCACAUCACGCAGACAAGGAUGCUUCUAGAUCGGAUACCGAAUCAGUGUCGGAUUUGCUGUCUGAAGCUGGGAUCGGGGUAGGGCUUGAACAUCAUCCAGAGCCGGAGCCGGAACACCAGAAGGGCGGACGAGAACUAAGACCACGGCCGCCACAGCCGCCACAGCCGCCACGGCGUAAUAAAAAACCACCACAAAGAGAGCAGAAUAUUAGAGUGACGGAACCUGUCACGCAACCACAAGCUAGGCACGAAAGUUCUACUGUCUUUACCAAUCCUACCACCAAUACCACUCCUCCCGCCAAUGCACCGAACUCUCCAUCUAUCAGACCAGGUAUUGACACACCCCUCAGCCCUCCACCCGCAGCAGCAACACCAACAAGGCAAGCACUACCAUCGGGUGUAUACAAACCACAAUUCCCGCCUGCCGUAGCAUCAGUGGUCAACGCACAGAUUACCCGCGAACGAUGCGGAUGCGGAUCGAGAGACAUUCGCCCCGAAAGACAGCAGCAAAUCGAUAACAACACGGACCCGGACAGAGAUAGGGAGAGGGAAAGAGAGAAGGAGAAGGAGAAGGAGAAGGAGAGGGAGAAGCAGAGGGAGAAGCAGAGGACGCACAUCGUCAGCGACCGAUCUUUCUCUCUCGGUGGUGGUGCCAGCCCCGGCCCUCCCAACUCCAUCCUCGCCUGUCUUCCUCCAAACACCCCAGUUGAAAUCAUGCGUUGCCUGAUGCAAUAUCACCAGAACCACGCGGAUGAGCUGCGGCUCGAGUGUAUGAGCAUUGUAAAAGAUGGAAGGGGAGGGAGCAGGCCGGCGAUGGCGUGGGGUGACGCUGGCGGCGUUGGCCCUUCUUCCAUUCUCGCGUGUCUCGACCCAAACCAGUCUCCUCUAGAGACGAUGCGACGCCUGGGACUGCAUUAUCAGUAUCAGGCGGAUGAGCUAAGGCUUGAGUGUGUGAGGAUUGAACGGGAGGAGAGAAUGAGGAGAGCGCGGGAACGCGAGAGGGAGUGGGAGCGGGAAAGAGGAGGAAGAGGAGGAAGAGAAGAUGGCGCUCGCGGGUAGUCCGAAAUCGGGUACUCGAUUUGUUACAUGAUGUUUUUCUGAAUGAUCAGGAGGUUAAGUGGUAAAUAAAGUGGUGUUGCUCGUCGCCAUUCGUCACUGAUUUGUUUGUAUCGUGAAUUUGGGUAAUGCAGUGGACAAAACAGAGAAAUACGAUAGGCAGAAAAUAG